CAACGACCCAGGUUACCACUACCCCAUUAAUGCUUGUUGUAUCUGGACCGUUGUCAAAGACUAUAACGGCAACGACACUGUGGGAAGUGUGCAGACUUAGCGCUUAGCAUCUUUCAUCGACAAUGUCAUACACGUACGGGACCUACGGUCGCUCACCGUCUCCUGUAUUCUCACAGAGUUCCAUAGCAAUAGAUGACUCCUCAGCAGAUGAAACACCUGAUGUUAAACCAAGCGUGAGCCAAACGGGCUCGCCGGGGCCUCUGCAUGGAGAGGCAGCAGGGUCGGACACGAUGACAUGCCUUUGGGACGACUGCGGUAUUGUCUUCAGUCAUCUCCCUAGUCUCAUAGAACACAUUCACAACACGCACAUCGGCGUGCACAAGUCGAACUACACUUGCGAGUGGGCAACAUGCAACCGUCGUGGGCUCGCACAGACUUCGCGUUUCGCCCUUAUAUCUCAUAUUCGCUCGCAUACCGGCGAGAAACCCUUUAUCUGUUCCCGGCCAGAAUGCGACAAGUCCUUCACCCGCUCCGACGCGCUAGCAAAGCACAUGCGACUACAACAUAACAUGCCCCCUCCACCCUCAGGUAGAGGUGCCUCAGGAGCACGCAAACGCAAGCGGUCUCUCUCUCCCUCUCAACCUCAAACCAGUGCACCUACGCCCGAGCAAUCGGCAUUCAACACCUUCAAGCUUGAGCCACAGACACCUUCCGAGCUUGAUAACGGGAUUGGAGGUGGAGAUUACUUUCCGGCACUCACGCGUGAGGAAGAAGAUGACGAUGACGAUGGAGAGGAUGAUGGACUUCCACCGCAUUUGCAGCGGCUCUUGGAUCCCAGGACUGGCCUUAUCAUGGGCCGCAGUCCUGCACUUGUCAUGUAUAUUAUUGAGAAAGCAAAAUUGCGCUACGCACUUGAAACCCAUGCAGCGCUGAUCGAGGAACUCAGGGUCACGAGGGCACAGGCGAAGGAAGAAAAAUUAAAGAAAGAAGCAAUGUUGGAUGAGUUGAUCAAGACUGUCUUUGGAGAAGAAGCAGCCGCAGCUGUCACACAUGUCCUUCCUCCACAGCGAGCCCACCAGAUCCUACCACCACAAGCACAUCAUGCGCCAGCUGCGUAUCCACCGCAACAUGUGCAUUCAGCUUUGCCUUAAAUCGCUUGUAUUAAUGUUCUGCUGUGUGUCGUAAUUUUGACAUUACCGUGUUGUGCAAGUUCACGCGGCCUGUGACUAAGAUAUUAUAUUCAUUCAAGCUGUAGAGAGGCGUUCCUCGUCCAUAUUUACGCAUGAACCUCAUAAGCCACAAUUAUGAUGUGUUGUCGGAUGCUAAACGCAUCAUUUUAUGGGAUGACUUGCUCAUACUUCUGUC